GGUUGCUCUGAACUUAUGCACCUCCCACGUGCUGGCAUCACAGAUGUACGUUCCUGUGCCUUUUCUGGUUUUCCUUUUUGUCUCUCACCUGAGUCUCCCCAUGUGGUCCGUCCACACAGUGCGUUCUUUCAGGUGUGUACCCCAGGUCCAGAUGCAGGUUGUUUGAGCCGCAGCCUCUUGUUUCCUCUCACAGACAACCUCCUGUUCACUGAUGAGAUCAUCACUAAUGGCUUUCACUCCUGUGAAAGUGACGAAGAGGACAGGACUUCCCACGCAAGCUCUAGCGACUGGACUCCACGGCCCAGGAUAGGUCCAUAUACUUUCGUUCAGCAGCGUCUCAUGAUUGGCACCGAUCCUCGAACAAUCCUUAAAGAUUUACUACCAGAAACGAUUCCUCCACCUGAGCUGGAUGACAUGACACUGUGGCAGAUUGUUAUUAAUAUCCUUUCAGAACCACCAAAACGGAAAAAAAGGAAAGACAUUAAUACAAUUGAAGAUGCUGUGAGGUUACUACAAGAGUGCAAGAAGAUAGUCGUGUUAACUGGAGCCGGGGUUUCUGUUUCCUGUGGGAUACCUGACUUCAGAUCACGAGAUGGUAUUUAUGCUCGCCUUGCAGUGGACUUCCCAGAUCUCCCAGAUCCUCAAGCCAUGUUUGAUAUUGAGUAUUUUAGAAAAGAUCCAAGACCAUUCUUCAAGUUUGCAAAGGAAAUAUAUCCCGGACAGUUCCAGCCAUCUCUGUGUCACAAAUUCAUAGCUUUGUCAGAUAAGGAAGGAAAACUACUUCGAAACUAUACUCAAAAUAUAGAUACCUUGGAGCAGGUUGCAGGAAUCCAAAGGAUCAUCCAGUGUCAUGGUAAUCAGUACCUUUUUGUACCACCAAAUCGUUACAUAUUCCAUGGUGCGGAGGUGUACUCAGACUCUGAAGACGAUGUCUUAUCCUCUAGUUCCUGUGGCAGUAACAGUGACAGUGGCACAUGCCCGAGUCCAAGUUUAGGAGAACCCAUGGAAGAUGAAAGUGAGAUUGAAGAGUUCUAUAAUGGCUUGGAAGAUGAUAAUGAUAGACCUGAAGGUGCUGGAGGAUCUGGAUUUGGAGCUGAUGGAGGGGAUCAAGAGGGAGUUAAUGAAGCUACAGCCAUGAGACAGGAGGUGACAGAUGUAAACUGUCCAUCAGACAAAUUAUAACAUUAUUACAGUUGUCCAGGUACAGGAAUUGCUCCACCAGCAUUGGGAACUUCAGCAUGUCAAAAUGAAUGUUUACUUGUGAACUUGAACAAGGAAAUCAGAAAGAUGUAAUAUUUAUAGACUGGAUAAUAAUUGUCAUAAUUUUUAAAGUUCCAUUAUUUCUGUACUUGUACAUUCAACACUAACUUUUUAAAGGUACUAGGUAUCUUUAAUCAGUUGUUAGUUGACUUCAGUUUCCUUUAAAGGUUCAUUUGUAUGAUACAUCCCUAUGUAUAUAUAAUUUUGUUUUUGCCUAUUAAUUUUCAACAUUUUAAAGUUUUCAAAAAGCCAUUGGAAUGUUAAUGUAAAGGGAACAGCUUAUCUAGACCAAAGAAUGGUAUUUCACACUUUUGUUUGUAACAUUGAAUAGUUUGAAAUCCUCAUAUUCUGUUCGGCUGAAUUUUUUAUUUUUAGUAGUUACCUUUGAAAACACUGGCAUUUUCAAAAACUUGUGGCAGCUAACUUUUUAAAAUCACAGAUGACUUAUAAUGUGAGAAGGAAAUCACCAUGUGUGGGGAGCACUCAAAAUUUGGUGCUCAGAGUUUGAAGCAUAUUUAGUGCUUAAGAUGGCUUUUGUACCUGCUGCAGAUGUAAUGUCAAAACAAGCCCCUGAGACUAACCUGAUAAAUGAUUUGAAAAUGUUUCAGUUGCUCUAGAAACAAUAGUGCCUGUCUAUAGGUCCCCUUAGGUUGAACAAUAGCGAAUAUUUAAACUAUCACUGUGGUAGAGCCUGUGUAGAUCUUCACCACAAGUAUUAAACUGCCAAGAUGUGAACAUGCAAAGCCUUUCUGAAUCUAAUAAUGGUACUUAGACUGGGGAGAGAGUAUUAUUUUGAACUGCUGUUUUUCCACUAAUGAGGAAAGCAACGAGUCUCUUAAUUAUAAGUUCCAAAGUAAUAAACUGUAACUCACCCAGAAAGUACAUUGUUUCCUGUUGAGAGGAUUUGGUGUAAUGUAUCCCAAAGUGUUAGCCUUGUAUUAUGGAGAUGAAUACAAAUCAGAUAGUCAAUGAAACUAGUUCUUAUUUAUUUAAAAGCUUAGCUUGCCUUAAAACUAGUGAUGAGUUUUCUGAACUGCAGAAGCUUUUAGCCUUUCAAACAGUUCACACCUCAAAGAAACUGCAGUCAGUACUUAUUUUACAGAUGACUUUGAAACAUUAUCCCCAAACUUAAAAUAUUCAUGUUUGGUUUAGUAUUUAUUACCCCCCCCCCCAAAAAAAGUUUUGAAAUAUAGCUGUUCUUUCUGCAUAAAAUACCCAGCUAGGACCGUUACUGCCAGAGGAGAAAACUAAUUAAGUAGCUCAUUUCCUUACCUAAAAAGCUCUCUCAAUCUGAAUUUGGCUUAACUAAAGAAUGCCGUAUAUUUAGUUUUCCAUUUGCAUGAUGUGUUUGUGCUGUAGACAAUAUUUUAAAUUGAAAAAUUUGUUUUAAAUUAUUUUUACAGUGAAGACUGUUUUCAGCUCUUUUUAUAUUGUAAAUAGACUUUUAUGUAAUCCGGCAUAUGUUUUGUAGACUGUUUAAUGACUGGAUUAUCUUCCUCCAACUUUUGAAAUACAGUGUUUUAUACUUGUA